GGUAAAAAGGGAUUACGGGCAUGAAUGAGCUUCUUCGGCUAGAAAGCCAAAAGUUUUCUUCUUCCCCACGGUGCUUCUCGAACCUUUUGAUUUCUUCGUUCUUGGGAGCUCAUUUUCCCCAUAUUUCUUGCUUUGCUCAGUAGAGAUUCAUCCUUCAAAACCCCAUUCCCUUAUUUUAGGGCACUCUUAAAGUAUUUAGGAGGCCAAUCUGAGCAUUAAUACAUUAAGAGAACUAAUGGCUUUGAAAGAAUCUGGCAAAGAAGGGGUAUUAACAUUUCCCCAUUUGAUCUCAUGCCUUGAGAGAGACGACCCACCACUCGAUGGUGUCGGAGAGGCGAAAGGCGACGUUCAAUGGCGUGAUUCCUAGCACAACUCCAUGGUAGCUGGUAGUGGAGAGAGCAUGGGCGGCGCCCAUUCUGUUUUGGGUCGUGACCAAGGUGGAGAAGGCGGUGUCCAUGGCGCUGGUGACACUAUAGGAGAUGAAGGUAGGGGCGCCAACGACGCUGGAGGCGGCGCCUCAAUGGGCGAGAUGAGGGGUGGCUUAGGCGACGUUGUAGGACGUUUGGUGGGCACCACCUUUGGCGCGGGUUCCGGAGUUCAUAAUAGUAUAUGUUCAAUACUAAAUAUGUUUCAAACUAAUGACUCCCUUCAUUUGAUGCACUCACCUUGUGUCACGAGGUUAAAUUUCUUACCAAAUUUCUGCCUUGUGAUGACACUAAGAUUCAACACUUAGUUUCAGCCAAACACUCAGAAUGCACAUAGAACAGAGAAUGAACAAUAAGUAAACAAACAGACAAGGCACACAGAA